UGUUUGGUGUCGCUUUGGCUUGGCUUUGUGUUUUCCUGCACGAAGAAAACCAUUGUAAAAUAGUGCUAAUUAUUUGAUAAUUGUUCGCUGCACAGCAUUGCAACAUGUCGCAACGGUUUCCGGCGGCUAAUGUGAAUGCAGGUCCGGGUUCGCAGCGCUACCCAGCGUCACCGGGCCCAAACAAUCAGUCCCCGGUGAUGCGCCCGUACGGACCGGGAAGCAAUUUUUCGCCAAGAGCGUACACACCACCACCACAGAUGGGAGGAGGUGGUGGACCUGCUCAGAACCAACACCAACGCCCGAUGCAACCCGGUUUUCAGGGUGGAAGUAUGCGGGGUUCGCCAAUGUCUGGGUCUUCCGGAGGGAAGCGUAGUUCCGAAAGUCGGGCCGCAAUGAAUCAAGCUCAGCAGAAAAAUGAUUAUUCGGUGAAAAAGAAGAAAAAACUGGCCGAUAAAAUUCUUCCACAAAAAGUUCGUGAUCUCGUCCCCGAAUCGCAAGCCUACAUGGAUUUGCUUGCCUUUGAGCGUAAGCUGGAUGCCACCAUUAUGCGCAAACGGUUGGACAUUCAGGAAGCGUUGAAGCGUCCGAUGAAACAGAAGCGCAAGCUGCGUAUCUUCAUCUCCAACACAUUCUAUCCAAGUAAGGACGGUAGCGAUGGUGAUGCUAAUCCAGACGGUUCCGUAGCGUCGUGGGAACUGCGCGUUGAGGGUCGCCUGCUGGAGGAUAACAAGUCCGAUCCUACCAAGAUAAAGCGUAAAUUUUCCAGCUUCUUCAAAUCGCUCGUCAUCGAGCUGGACAAGGAUCUGUACGGUCCGGAUAAUCAUCUGGUCGAAUGGCACCGUACACACUCGACACAGGAAACGGAUGGAUUCCAGGUAAAGCGCCCCGGGGAUCGAAAUGUACGCUGCACCAUUUUACUGCUGCUCGAUUACCAGCCGUUGCAGUUUAAGCUUGAUCCACGUCUUGCCCGUCUGCUGGGAGUGCACACACAAACUCGCCCGGUUAUCAUUUCCGCAUUGUGGCAGUACAUCAAAACGCACAAGCUUCAGGAUGCACACGAGCGAGAGUACAUUGCGUGUGACAAGUAUUUGGAACAGAUAUUCGGCUGUCCACGCAUGAAGUUUGCAGAAAUUCCACAACGGCUAAAUCCGCUAUUGCACCCACCAGAUCCAAUUGUGAUCAAUCACGUGAUUACGGUCGAGGGUGGGCUGGAAAAUAAACAGACCGCCUGCUACGACAUCGACGUGGAGGUGGACGACACGCUCAAAAAUCAAAUGAACACGUUCCUGCUCAGCACGGCAAGCCAGCAGGAAAUACAGACGCUCGAUGGUAAGAUCCACGAUACGGUCGAGACGAUCAAUCAGCUAAAAACGAAUCGCGAGUUCUUCCUAAGCUUCGCCAAGGAUCCACAAACGUUCAUACAGAAGUGGAUCGUGUCGCAAACGCGCGACCUAAAGGCGAUGACCGACAUCGUCGGCAACCCGGAGGAAGAACGGCGGGCCGAAUUUUACCACCAGCCCUGGACACAGGAGGCGGUUUCGAGAUACUUCUUUACCAAGGUAAACCAGAAGCGGGCCGAACUGGAACAGGCGCUCGGUAUCCGUAAUUCAUAACGC